GCCGCUGGUACAGUUUGUGUGGGAGGAGACGGUGACAACAGUGUGUGGACGUAUCCGACACACACACACACACACACACACACUCCGGGAGCAGCGAACACACACAGCCGAGGUUCAGCUCUCUUGCUGGGACUCAUUUAUUCGUCGGACGUCGCUGACAGGUGACCCGCCACCAUGAUAAGGAAAAGGACCAAGGGCACCAACAUAACGCAGCCAAAAGCAAAUGCUCCCUCUUCAGAACUGAGCGCUCUGAUUGAGAAGCUGCAGAAGAAUGCUGAUAAAGUGGAGAAGAACAUCUACGACGUGGAGCAGAACCUCAACAAGGAUGUGAGUAAGAUCAAUGAGGGGAAGCAGCCACUGUAUCAGGAUGAUACCAACAAGAGGAUCCUCAAUUCUCUGGAUCUGCUCACCGGGCUGGACGACGAUGCCGUCAACGCCAAACGCCUCCAGCAUCCACAGGCUGAGAUGAUCGAACAGGACAUGAGGCAGCUGCGUGAGAGAGUGAUGAAGCUGAAAGAGGACCAUGACCGGAUCUACCACCUGAUCCGUACUGAGGGGAUGCCCAGCAUCAACUGGGGCAACAUGAUGGAUGAGAAACUGGACAACCUGAACAACAAGGGCUUCGGCCAGGACCUGCCGUCUGUGGAGAACGAGGUGGAGGAACACAACAUCUUCCACGGCGAGGUGGAAGCUCUGGCUCCUCACAUCACCGCCAGUGGGGACAAGGAGUACGUGAGCAGCCUCCAGAUGAAGUACAACAAACUGCUGGCCAACUCCAGCGCUCGUCAGCGCAAUCUGCUGAGCCUGCGGGACUACAUGCAGCGCUGCACCAACGAGCUGUACUGGAUGGACCAGCAGGCCGAGGAGAGGGUCAACUACGACUGGAGCGACUCCAACCUGGACUACCCUGCUCGCCAGAAGCAGUACGAGAACUUCAUCAGUAAAUGUCUGGAGUCCAAGGAAUCUACCAUCACCAAGCUGAAUGAUGAUGGAGAGAAGCUGAUUGCCUCUGAACAUCCAGGGAAGAAUGUCAUUGAGGCUCACAUGGAGGCGGUUCACGCCGACUGGAAGGAGUACCUGAACCUGCUCAUCUGUGAGGAGAACCACCUCAAACACAUGAGCGAGUACCACAAGUACCACAAGGAGGCGCGCGACACUCAGGACCUGCUGAAGCGACUGGACACGGAGGUCAACCAGAAGUACAACCCAGAGUUCAAAGAUGUGUAUCAGAUGGAGGGGCUGAUCGGAGAGCUGGAUGACCAGUCGAAGGCAAUGGAUCACUUUGACGAGCGCGUCAAGGCUCUUCAGAAGCGCGGCCUGCAGGUUUUGCCUCUGAAGUAUCGCAGGGAAACGCCCCAGAAACUGCUGCCCGUUGAAGCUCUGUGUGAGUUUGACACAGAUGAGGGGCAGAUUGUGCGUGGGGAGAAGUACACUUUGCUCCGGAACAAUGGUUCCAAAUGGGAUGUGAAGGACGCAGCUGGACACAAACUCACCGCCCCGGCCGUCUGCUUCAUGAUCCCCCCCACCGACCCGGAGGGAGUGGCCAUCUCUGACAACCUGGCCAGCCAGCAAAAAGCCCUCAAGCAGAAGAUGGCAAGCAGCAAGGGAACUCUGCUGAAGCGCUUUGAUGAGCUGAAGAAGGAGAGUGGCACCGGCACAGCUACAGACAAGCAGGAGCAGCAGUGUCGACAGCUGAUGGCUGGUCUGGAUAAGGUUGUCAGUGACCUGGACAAACAGGAGAAAGCCAUUUAUGCUCGAGUGCGCCCUCCACUGGAGCAGAACAGGCCACUGCAGGACAGCACUGACCGCCUGCAGGAAAUGAAGGACAUUGCUGUGGCCGUCGAUAAGAUUGAACCAGAGAAGUCCUCUAAAGUGCAGGAGGCAAAGAACUUCUUGGUCUCAAACCCCAACUGUGCAAGCACACCUCAGCUGCACAGCAAAGUGGAUGAGGCCAACAAGAAGUACAACAAGGUCGAGCAGCUUCUCCAGUGCUCUCAGGACAAACUGAAGAAUUCCAACCAGCUGGAGACGUCCAUUCAGAAUGGAAAGACUCUACUGUCCACCUACGAGAACAAGCUGGCCAGGGAGGAGGUUGCUCCGGCUGACAUCACCUCGCUGGAGAAAACACAGCGGGAGCUCGCAGAUGUUGGAUCAGAUCUGAGGCUGAAGAGGUCACAGAUUGCUGAUACAGAACAGAACCUGCGCUCAGCCAAGAGCAGCUGUGACAACAUGGCCACCAAGUUCCAGGAGCACUGUCCAGACAUUGAGAGGCAGGAAGCAGACGUCAAGAAGCUCAACAAGCGCUUCAACAACCUCACCAGGCAGAUUGACAGCAGGGCUCAGAGCUUGCAGAGAGCCAAGAUGGCGUACAACAAUUACCGCAACGAUUACGACAAUCUGAACAGUUGGCUGUCUCGUGUACCCAACUAUGAGCCCCGCGAAACUGACGACGCAAGACAAGUGGAGACCAAGCUGAAGAAUCAGAGGAACUUGCUCUCAGACAUUGCAAGAAAGGAGUCUGACUUGAACAAUGUCGCCAAAAAUGGCCAGCUUUACCAACAAGCUGUCAAAGACUAUGAGAAUGAAACUGAGAAAUUCAGAUCUAUCCUUGACCUUGAGGAUGGACUUGUACCUCAGACAUACAAGAAAAGCAGACUGGAAUCACCUGCCAUGACAGUCAAAGCAGAGGAAGCUGCCAUCGAGGCCAAGUUCACUGAGGUGAAUGCUGUAAACAAGCAAAGGCUGAACAACCUUGAGUUUGCCCAAAGUCUUCUGAACCAGCAACCUGAGAUCCCUUUGAUCCAGACUACAAAUGUCAGGUCAGUCCAUGCUGCUCCUCCAGGAGAAGAGCCAUGGAGAAUCAGGAAGCAGCUGGAAGAUGAGAUCCAGAGGAGGGAGCAGCUCGAAAAAGAAAUUGAGACCAUUCAGACUGACAUUUAUGUCCUUGAAGGACAGAAGCCCCAGGAUACGAUUGUCAAGAAGGAGCUGAUUAAAAAGGUGCCAGAUCCUCAGCUGGAUGAGGAGGUCCACAAGGUCCAGCAGAAACUGUCAGAGGAGCGCCGUACCACCCAUGUCCUGGAGAAUGACCUCGAGGUACUCAAGCUGAAGCUGCGUGGCCUGGAGACAGAGGUCAAAGAGGGGGCACAGCAGUACACGGUGAAGGAGGUGCUGCGCAUAGAAAGAGAUCGUGGUCAGGAGGAAGAGGUGCGCAAGCUUCGCGAGGACCUGGAAGAGAUAAGACGGCAGAAGUUGAUGAAAGACAAUGAGCUGAUCCAGAUACAAAAGCAAGUGACCCUCCUGGCUGAGGAGAAGAACAGGGAACAGGAGGUGAUCACAGAAGAGGAGGUGAUCAAAGUCCAGAAUGACCCCCAACUUGAAACAGAGUACCGGGUGCUCCUUGACAGGAAACAGAAAGAAGUAGACGACAGAAAGCAGCUGGAGGAUGAACUGCAAUUUCUUCAGGAGAAGCUCAGACGACUGGAGAAGGAGAAAUCAAUGGCAGAGGAGAAGAUCUCCAUCAAGGAGGUGCUGAAAGUAGAGAAAGAUGUUGCCUUUGAAAGAGAGGUAGAAAACCUCAGGAGGCAGUACGAAGAUGAGAAAUCUAAACGAAGAUCGUCACAGCGGGAAAGGGCUGAUCUCCAGAGGAAAAUUACAAGCCUGGAGGAUGAGAAGUCCAAAGUUGUUAUUCAGGAGAAAGUGCGGGAGAUUGUCCGCCCUGACCCCAAGGCUGAGAACGAGGUUGCAAACCUGCGUCUUGAGCUGGUAGAGCAACAGAGACGCUACAAAGAUGCAGAUCUGCAGCUUAGAUCCCUGAAUGAUGAGCUGACCAUGCUAAGAAACAGAGGACCUCAAGUGGAAGUCAAAGAGAUCAUCAAAGAAGUCAUCAAGUACAAGACAGAUCCACAGACUGAAAGAGAGCUGGAGAGACUCCGCAAUGAAAUCGUAGAUAAAACCCACCAGACGGAGAAAUCUGAGAUGGAAAUUCGCCAGCUUCGUGAUGAAAUUACAAGAUGGAAGGACACCAAACCUCAAGUGCAGACUAAAGAGGUGGUCAAUGAAGUAUUGCAGUACAGAGAAGAUCCCAAGACUAAGGAAGAGAUUGAGACUCUGAAAAAGAAGCUGGGUGAUGAACAGAAGAAACGCCUUGACCUUGAGAGAGAGCGGUCAGCCCAGGAAGAGAAGAUCAGAGUGAGGAAGAUGGAUCUGUCUCAGGUCCGUGAGAAGAUUGUUCAGCAAGAGGUGAUCAAGAUGGAAGAAGAUCCUCUACUCAAGUCAGAGUGCGACACCUUCUCGCAGAACAUCAGCACUGAGCAAAAACAAAAGGAGAACCUGAAAACAGAGCUCUACCAACUGCAGAGACAGAAGACGGACCUGGAUUUGCAACUGGAAGAGCUGGAGCGUGAGCGCAGGGCAAGACGUGAUGCAGAGCUCGAGAUCCAAAGGCUUCGGAUCAGACUUAAUGAGCUGGAGAUCCGUGACAAGGAGAAUCGUGAGAAAGUCACCGUCAAACAGAAGGUGGUCUUGCAGCAGGAUCCUCAACAGGAGAAGGAACAUUCCAUCCUCAGACUUCAGCUUGAUGAAGAGAGGCACAAGCGCACCUUGCUUGAGAAAGAGUUGAACGCUCUGGUCCAGCAGCAGCUCACCCUGGAGAAGGUGGAUGUGAAGGAAAGAGUCGUCCGCACCGAGAAAGUUCAAGUUGAGAGGGAUCCGGAGGCUGAGAUUGAGAUUGAGAACCUAAAGAGAACCCUGGAGGAAGAGAAAAGGAGAAAACGAGAACUUGACGUGGAGCUGUCCACCCUUACCUCCAGGCUCUCUGAUAUGGAGUUCUCUAACACCAAGUCGUCUAAAGAGCUGGACUACAUUCGUGACGAAAGUAACCAGCUGCAGCAAGAAAACCAGAGGCUGCAGAAUGAGAUCCGUAAGUUGCGGUCCGAGAUCGAGAUCACCAGCAAAGAGACUCGACUUAUCACUGAGGCCGCACCAAGGGACGACGGAAAGAACUUGGAGUUGAGGCUCGUUUCACUGCAGAAGGAACUGUCAGACCUGAAGGGCAUAACUCUCAAGAAGGAUGAGGAGAUCGAGAAACUUCAGAAGAACCUGUCAGCCGUUAGAAUGAAGAGGGAACAGAGGGAGAGCCAUCUGCGCAGGUCUAUCGUGGUCAUCGACCCGGAUACGGGCAAAGAGAUGCGGCCAGAGGAGGCCUACAAGCUGGGCCUGAUCGACUGGAAGAUGUUCGUCAACCUGCAGAGCCAGGAGUGUGACUGGGAGGAGAUCAGCGUCAAGGGCCCCAAAGGAGAAUCCUCUGUGCUUCAUGACAGAAAGUCAGGGAAAAAGUUCUCCAUCGACGAUGCGUUGCGUUUCGGGCACAUCACAAAUCGCCAGCUUCAGCAGUACAUAAAUAAAGAAAUCUCCAUCCAGGAGUUUGGUGUAAUGGUGUCGGGAAAGAACAAGUAAACGUUCCAACUGUCUAAUAACGCGCUAUCAGUUUGAUUUUAAAAGAUUGUAUCUGUUUUAACACUGUUGUUUGAAUGGCUCCUUGAUUUUUAUUGUACUUCUUUUCUCACUUUAACACUGUGGUGAACUGGAUUUAUUAUUAUUUUUUUGUAUUUUAUCCUUGAUUUCUAAAUGCACUGUGUAUUUAUUUGUUUAUUCAUUGGUUUUGUGUUACUGGGGCAAGAAAAUAUGGGUUGACGUCAGCAUCAUUAAGCUUGAUGUUGUAGGAAAGCUUUUCAGUUGACCUGUAAUUUCUUUGACUCGGUACUGGGAAGACAGACUUAGAGCAUAUCUGUGAUUUGAUGUUGUCAUUGAAUCCCUUUUGAUAAUGUUUCAUUUAUUCAUGGGGUUUUUUUUUCCGAGGUUAUUUUAUGUGUGUGCUUUGCAAGCUUAAAUAAAAGAAA